AUGUUUGCUUUGAUUACCCUUAUUGUUAUUGUUAAUGCCGACUACAGUGGAUGUGGGUGUUGUGAAGUAAAUGGAAAAUGUGAUGUAUUCCAAAAUGAAUGGAGUUGGUUAGAUGAAUGUAUUAAACAUGUUCCACAAGAAAAAAUGCCAACAGAUCCAAAUUGGUUCAAAAUUGUUAGACUUCCAAAUGCCACUUAUGAUAAAUGUACAGCACCAACUGGAUAUUCUCCAUCUGAUAAAACUCCUGUUUAUGUCUAUGAUAGUCCAUGUACUUGUUUCGAAGAUUUUGCUGAUCGUAUUAUGAAUUCAUUUAGUUGUGGAACUGAAUUUCUUAAAUCACUUGAUGAAGUUUGCAAUACAUUGGGAUGUCAAUAUUGUAAUUUUAUUACUCCAAAGUGUGGUGAAACUCAAUUAAGAAGAUGUGAUUUAGUAUAUCAACAAGAAAUUGCUUUAAACAAAUAUCCUACUCCUGAUGAUGUUUGUCGUGCUCUUUCAAAGAAGGUCGAGUGUUAUGAUAAUAACCAUUGUGAUUAUACUUCAACUGCUCAAAUGCAACAAACUGUUAAACAAUGUAGAAACUCUACUUGUCCAACUUGUUACCAAAUUUGUAAGAAUGGUGCUAUUUCUACUUUUACUCUUUUUGCUUUCUAUUUUUGUAUAUGUAUUGUAUUUAAAAUUUCAUGUUCUGUUCAAUUUGUUUGUUCAUUCUUAUACUUUGAGACCCUUAUUAUUAUUAAUGAGAUUAUCUGUAUUAACCAAAAUUUAACAAAUUUAAAUUAUAUCAUUAUUAUAAUAACUAUUUCGGAUGGUAUUAUGUUAUCAAAAUAG